AUGGAGGCCUACAGCCAUCAGAUCAAAGAGUCGGCACGAUGGGUCGCGCAGGUCGCCGAUGUGUCGGAAGAGCGAGCUCGCUGGGCCGUUGGCGCUGUGAUUUCCCGUUCCUUUGCCGCUGAGGAGGUCCGCGCUAUGGUUCCCUUGGCAGACAUCUUCAAUCACAAGCCUCAGCUGCCAGCCGACGUCGUUGAAGGCGAAGGCGACAUGUCUCCGGCCUGGCGUCUCUCCGAGGAUGGCUCGCACUUUGAGGUUCGGGCUAUGGAGGAUGCCAAUGUUGACGAGGAGGUGCUGAUUUCCUACGGCGAGGAGACGUCUGCCGAGAUCCUCGCCGUUCAUGGCAUGGUCUUAGCAGAGAACGAGGCCGACUACCUCGAGAUCUUCGAGUCGCCGGACGACCUCUUGGUUGCAGUGGAGACGCUGCUGGAUUGUCCAGGGAGACGUAAGCAGCGCCAGUUUGAAUUCGAGACCAUGGAUGCCGACUAUGUGCCCCUGGCAUUGCGCCCCGGUGGCCCAAGGGCCUGCGAGCACUUGCUCGGCUGUGUGGAGGCUGCCCUCUGCAAAGACGACGAGUUUCGUGACUUCCGACAGUGGUCGGAGAAUGAUGGCUACGGCAUCCUGCGCAUUGCCGGCCUCCCAGAAGUCAGGCAGAGAGAGCUCAGAAGAGAGGCACUCGACUUCAUUUCUCAAAUCGUCCAGGGCUUCCUGCAGCAGUGGGACGAGGCUCUCGAACCUGCUUCUUUGCCCCCGGAUGGCAGCGGUUCGCAGCGUCCAUCUCCUGCGGUGCUCGCAGCCAAGUACCGCCAGCACGUCAGAGCUAUGCUGGCUGAAUUCUUGGAGUUGGCUGACAAUGAGACGGGUUAA